GGAAUUUCGGUAAUCGGUAAACCCCUACGCGUACGGAUUCGGGGCUGUCCUUCUCACAACAUUUCCACAUAGCAAAAAAGAAAGUUUCAUUAGAGCAACACUGAGAAUGAGACGUAAGUACAAUAGGGUCAUGUCACAACAACAAUUCAUGGUAUUCGCCCCUAGACAGUUGGAUAAGCAAUGUGUUCUACAUCUGCCCCUGAAGAUUUGACAACGGUCCCUCCUAACCACCCUCCUGCGGUUAUUUCUGCGCUUAUUCAAGAUGAUCCGGAAUUUUCGGAACAACCGCCACUCGUAUUGAUCCAUGAUGGAGGUGGCACUACUGUUAAUUACUACUACUUGGCCGAUCUUGAGCGUCAUGUCUGGGGAAUCAGCAACGAAAAGUUAGUCGAUGAGGCAGCCUGGCCGGGCGGCAUAAACCAAUUGGCUCAGACCUAUGUCGACCUCAUUCUUUCCGAACUACCCCACGGACCCCUGAUCUUCGGAGGAUGGUCCGUGGGGGGUCUCAUCGGCUUAGAGAUGGCUAAGAUCUUGGCCGGAAAUGACCAGACCCCUGUUCUCGGUGUUGUCAUGUUAGAUACAUAUUACCCGUCUGCCAAAGAUGGCGAGCGGGAUAGAGAUACACCUCCUAUAGAAUGGGGUGAGGCAACGACAGAGGAGUCUAAAAAAGUCACUCUGAAGAACCUUGAAAAUUCGGCCAAAUUCUCGCAGCAGUGGGCUAAAGGUAAUCAGGGUGCGAUGAGUAGCGCCGAAAUACCCCCAGUCAUUCUUCUUCGCGCAAGCCAAAGUCACAGCAUUUCCGACGCAAAAUUACGCGGAGGAAGCAACGUUCUGGGUUGGGAAAAUCAGCAGUCUGACUUCUUCACUCGUGUCAUUGACGUGCCAGGAAACCACUACACUCUAUUCAAGGACGAGAAUGUAGAUGGUCUGACUGAAGGACUUAUUCAAGCAUGCGAACUGUUAGAGGAUCUGGAGGACGUUUAAGCAUCAUUUUAUAUGGCCAUGAUUCGACUAGUACAUAGCGCUAGAUUCAGUAAAUAGUAUGUUCUAGGGCUAUCUAUUGA